AUGGCCGGGCUCCGGGCCCCCUCCAGGCCGGCGCGGCACGGCGCGGCCUGGCGCCCAGCGGACCCGCCCCUUCCGGCAACGUCACCGCCCCUCCGGGCAACCGCCCCGCCUGGCGGAAGGGCCAUCGACGUGAGCACGCUGGCGCAGAGCCGGGGAGUUCGGGACCCCGGGCCGGGGGCUCCUGUGAGCCGGCCUCUGUUCGCCUUGUUGCUGCUGCUGCUCUUGCUGCCGGUGCCAGCCGGCGCCUGGUACAAACACGUGGCGAGUCCCCGUUAUCAUACGGUGGGUCGCGCCGCAGGUCUGCUCAUGGGGCUGCGCCGCUCGCCCUACUUGUGGCGCCGUGCACUGGGUCCGGCCUGGGACACCCUGAUCCCGGGGUCCGUCUCCCGCAGUGCUCUCCUCCUGCUUCCUUCACAAACGCAAAAGCUGUGGGAGGCGCGACGCAAGAGCUUACCAGCAGGGCUCCCAGUCCAUGCACGCCGGACCCCGCGCGCCCUCGAACCGGCCGGCAAACCGGAGCAACAGCUCAGCCUCCGCUCCUGGACCUUGGAGGAGUCGGCCAGAGCCUUCAGAGAGACACUUCGUGCCCGGCCACGGUCCCUGCAGCAAAUCAUCUUUGCUGACCUGUGAGGCUCCAGGACUGCCCUGAGAACCUGAGACACCCAGCUUGCCUGACCCAGGAGCAAUCGCGGCUGUUUUCAACAUGCGCAGCUCACAGCUCCAGCCAGGCCCCGCUGUCUGGUCAAUAAAAUCAGCCUGAUUCGUG